UUUAGUAAAGAGACGAACGUGCUGCGACAUGGACACGGACGAGAAGAAGGUGGCGACGGCGCCGCUCGGCGGCGGCAACGAUGAGAUCGAUUUCACCAGCGGCUUUGAGACACAAUAUCGCAAGGAGUACAGUCCAUUGCGGCCAAAAUAUGUACCGCCGCCAGACAAGCGAAACGCCUGGUACCGGAGCAUAUCCACCAUCAUACUGAUCAUAUUUUUGGCCAGCGUAUUUCUACUGGGCUCCGUGCUGCUGGUGGUAAUGGUCUUUACCGCCAGUCCACUGCAGGUGUUACUCAUUGUGGCCGUGUAUGUGGUCAUAGCAGCGUUUAUGAUCUGGCUGGAGGUGCAAAGCAUCAAGGUGCGAUGAUGAAUUGAGCCACGUAACCAGUUCCAUCCGUGUUCAACUAUACCAUAAUAAAUCUGACGACAUUUCUGGUGGCAAUUAUCUCGGGUCUUAAGUGUUAUGCAAACAUAUUUAAAAUAAUCAUAUUAAAUAUGAAACGACUUUUGCUGAUUAAGGCAUUAUAUAGUUAAUACUGAUACCAACUAGCUUCUAGGUAAAAUUCCAAUAAAUUAUCAAAAAAAAAAACCUUAACAAAACACUCGGAUUUCGUGGCGGCGCUCUUCUCAACCAAAAAAAAAAUAUAUAUAUAUAUAUAUAUAUAUAUAUGUUAUUGCUAUAAACAAACCUGCUAAGU